AUGCCCUCAGUUUUACCAGUUCAUCACCGCAUGUUCUCGUUACUUCACCCUCUGAUUCAGAUGUCUCCUCACCCAUCAUAUCCAUGCGGGUAUUAUUCUGAUCAUAAUCGUCACCACUACCAAAAUCAUCCCCCGGUGACAUCUCGUCGUUGCCUUCCUUAUUUCCUUCCGAGACGGAACGAUGCCCGUCCUUAUCCUCCUCCUCCAUCUCCUCUCAUCAAUGACUCAUUUUUCUGGAGUGGUAAUAUCCCAAAAUCGCUUGAUCGCCCGAGCUUUGCUAAAGUCGCUGCAUCUUCAAAGGGAUCCCGAGCUCAUACAGCAUCCGGAUCACUACCAACGAAUUCUGUUCCACAAUUACCUUCUAAGCAUCCACAGCUCCCUAAGUGUUUGACGCAAGCUCUAACAGUCGUAGUUGAAAGAAAUUCGCCAACAAAAGCCCAUUUAGUUUUACGUUUGAAUUCUAUAAAUUAUCUAUGGCCUUCUGAAAGUGGGAUCGGUUCCAUACGUGCUACAACCGAUUCCAAAGCAGAGGAGGUGUCGCCGCCUGCUCCUGUAUCCGAAAUGCCUGUAGUAUUUCGCUCCCCACUGCCUUCCCGUCCCUACAAUCAGUUUCCUUUUCAUAGGCGAUCCCUGCCCAUCUCCUACGAGACAACGCCAUGUGAGUUCUGGAGACGUGGUGAGAUGUGCCGCUUUGGAGCGAAUUGCUGGUAUGCUCAUGGAUCUGUGCCGCUUCAUCAAAAUCAAGCAACGAAUGAAAAUCGAGUGCUGACUGGUGAUACUGUGAAUUCCCAGAAUGCAGACCCAAACCUACAAGAACAAACAGUGGAAUCUGCUAUGAAUCAGUUUACUCCUGAGCAACAACAAUGGAUGUAUCUUUCACAGCGAGCGCAAACAUUUUUCCCUUAUCCACAAAACUUAAUUGCCGCUCGCUUGAAGGAAUUGGCUCAGAAAACAGGGACAGCUGGUGAGGUGUCAAUCCCGGGAAGAACCUGUGAAGAGAUCGAAAGAGAACAAACGGCGUCGAGGCUACAUACGGCAACUGCGCAACGAGCUGACUCACUUCCGUCAUCAUCUGGAUCAUGCUCAUCAGGACCAACGACUCCUGCUUUUGGUAACAUAUGGCUGCCUACUCUUUUUGAUGAACCUCUCGUGGAGAAAGCUGCCUCUUAUUUGCGUGAUAUUGUUAGCAGUAUGACAUCUGAUUCAACGGAUUUGUUCUUAAUUCCUUUUGGAAAGGAGGAGUGCACACUGUACAGAUGUGGGCAGUGUCCUUUUGGGUCUUUCUGCUUUUUUGAGCACCCAGGUGAGGAGGACGAAGGUAUUUACAGUGACAGUUAA